AUGUCGCAAUUUCUUAUCCGUCUACAAAACAUCGGGCGACGCAGUAUCGCCACUACAGCGCACCCACAGUACCCCGAACACCAUCACCACCCGAAUCCAGGCAAUUUUGCCAAUCGGCCACGCGCAGAGCUAUCAGAAAUCGGCCAUCACGGUGGAAAGAAGGGUGGCAAGGCGCGCGGUGGAUUUCAUGAUAUGGACCCAGAGAAACAGCAUGCUAUCGCGUCCAAGGGUGGGCGUGCUGCGAAGAAGGCGGUGAUAGAACAGGAGAGGGCUGCGCGAGAGGUGAAGAGACAAGGACGCUCGUUCAAGCCGUCGGUGGUGCCUCCGGGAUUUGAGGAGUGGAAGACAUGUGCGUAA